CCCCACAUUUCCUGCGUUACAAUGGCGACGAACGCCCCGUUCCUUUUCCUUCUUGCCGUUCUUUUGCUAUGGCUCCUUUCUCGUUGGUGGCUGCAGCGCUACCACGGCCUGAGGAAGUGGAGGCGGCCGGACCACCGGACACUUUUCUCAGACGGACCGGAGGCGUCAGCGAUGGUGCGACGCGACGUCCAGGCCACCCGCGUCCUCUUCGUGACGGCUCACCCUGAUGACGAAGCGAUGUUCUUCGCCCCCACCAUCCUCGCCUUGAAGCCGGCCAGCCUAUGGCUACUCUGCGGCUCCACAGGGAAUUAUUAUCAGCAGGGAGAGAUUCGUAAAGCGGAACUGAUAGAAAGCUGCGAAGUUUUAGGGAUCCCUCCUUCCAAUGUAACCGUCCUGGAUCACAGGAAGCUUCCAGAUCAUCCGUCUGCCGAGUGGGACGUCCCUCUCCUCACAGAGCUAAUCCUCUCACACAUCGAAACCCACCACAUUGAUUUGGUUGUAACCUUCGACGCCAGAGGCGUGAGCGGGCACCCCAACCACCGAUCAGUUUAUGCCGCUGUCAGGUCCUUGCACUCACAGAGGAAGGUUCCAGAAGGUUGGUGUUUAUUAAUUGAUUAUUUUAUUAACAAAGCAAUGCGAUGUCACCACAGCCAGCUUCUCUGGUUUCGCCGUCUGUACGUGAGGUUCUCCCGCUACAUGGUGAUCAACUCUCUGCGUUUCCUCUAACGGGGAAAAGAGAGGUUGUGGAUGAACUGGAGACCCAGAGAGAAAAGGGGAGGAAGAUGUGACUCUCCAGGUCUCUUAACGAGUGGAAAAAUCUGAGCAGGACCUAAUCUAGAAGAAGGGCCUUCUCCAUGGUGGCUCCCUUCCUGUUUAACAUCAUCCUCACCGAGUGUACUGAUGAGGCUCCCCAAGAGCUUGAAGCAGAUUCCUGGUCCCGGCAAAAAACCCUUUUAUUAAUUGAGUGUGAAUUCUGCUCAUUCACAU